AUGCCUUCCGUUAAAUGGCUUUCGGCUGCGUCAAUCAGUCUUGUGGUACUAAUGUUGCAAAAUAGCUUGUUGGUGGUGCUAACACGAUACUCUAGAAUUAACAUCCCUCCAGAGAAACGUUACCACACCUCUACGCUUGUGCUGAAUCAAGAAAUUUUGAAAAUGGUGGUGUGUCUUUUCCUUUUAUCACAGGAGGGUGGCAAGUGCUCGACGGCUCUGCCCAACGCGGCGUGCAUGAACACUCCUUCUGGUGGUGGAUUUCUUACGGUGCUGUGGGGUGUUUGCUUCUGCAAAGAGGCACGUGAGUUGCUUGUACCCGCUUUCCUCUUCGUGUCGCAGAACUACCUAAUCUUUCUCAGUCUUGCCAACCUGGAGGCAUCAGCAUUCCAGGUGUUAUCACAGACGAAGCUUCCGUUUACCGCACUACUGUCGAAAUACAUGUUGGGACGGCAUUUGUCGUCCAUGCAGUGGCUUUCGUUGCUUUUGCUUUCAAUCGGUGUUCUGUUAACGCAGGCGCAGGGAUCUAAUCCGCGACAUACAGCUACCACCGCUACUCAGCGUCCAGUGGUUGGGACACUGGCGUGCCUCAUUUCUGCAUUAUCUUCAAGUUACGCAUCAGUGUAUUUCGAGAAGCUUGCCAAAACAACGAAACCAUCUCUGGCAACCCGAAACAUCCAGCUUUCUCGGUUCGGUAUUCUUUUCGCUGCAUUAGCCAUGCUCAUUUUUGACGUGCUCCCCUCAUAUGGGAGCAAUGCGGGUCAGGGGCGCGAGCCGUUCAGAUUCUGGAAGGGAUACGACCAGUGGCUUACUAUUGCGCUUGUUUGCUUGAAUGCGCUCGGUGGGUUGCUCGUUUCCGCGGCGAUGAAGUAUGCCGAUAACAUUCUCAAAACAUUUGCUACAGGGGGCGCAGUGAUAUUAAGCGGCAUCGCAUCAUAUUUCAUCUGGGAAACGCCCAUGACACUGCUAUUUAUCGUGGGGGCUACCCUGAUAACUCUGUCGGCAGUGCUGUACAACAAGUACGAUUCGCAUGCGCAUCAUACAGCAGCGGGGCAAACUUCGAAAGGAGAGGAACAUCAUUAG